AUGUCAUUAAACAAUCAACCAAGAGGGAAAUAUAAGGAAUGUGGUUUUUUUGGACUAUAUAAAGAGAAAGUAUUGCAGAUUAAAUUUUUAUUCGCAGUUUUUUUACUUACCAUAAAUGUGAUUUGUUCACAGACGUCACAAGGUAAAAAUCAAAAUGAGAAAAUGGAAUUAGAACAAAUUAAAAAAACACCACAAUAUCAACAGGUCAGAACAAAAGUGAUAAAUGCAUUAUCAGAUAAAAUUGAUAAUUAUGUAUUGGAUCAAAUAAGAAAAAAACCAUAA